AUGGAACCAACCCACCUGAAGAAAUCUGACCCGAAAUUCACAGCCUGGUCCAAACUCGAUGCUCUCAUCCUCCAGUGGAUAUAUAGCACAUUAUCCGACGUUCUUCUCGCCCGUGUUCUUGACACCGAUAUCACGGCUAGAGCCGCAUCACUAAAGAUCCAAGAAAUCUUUGUCAACAACAAACACGCCCGAGCCGUCACACUUGAAACCAAAUUCAUCAACACCACCCUCAAUUCCUGCUCAUCCUUUGACGACUACUGUCAAACCUUGAUGGACAUCGCUGAGCAAUUACGUGAUGUUGAUCAACUUGUCAAUGACAGCCGCCUAGUUAUACAAAUGGUUCGUGGACUCCCCAUCGAAUAUGACACCAUUGCUGCAAUCAUAAACCAAAACAAACCGACAUGGGAGGUUGCUCGAAGCAUGAUUGAAGACGAGGAAUCUCGGAUCUCUGCUAGAUCCAACAAUAGCCGUGACACGGUACUCUUGCACUCGACUACUCCGGCGCAAACCGAUUCAACCCGGUCUCCUUAUCCAAAUGGCUAUCGAGGCCGAAACUACGACCCGGCAAAGGCAGUUAGAGGCCGUGGUAGCUACCGACAAGGAGGGCGACAAGGGGGCAACAACCGAACACCAUCAUCCACUGGUGGCCGUGGCCCAAGUUCAUGGAAUCGUGGCCUUGGAUCCAACUCUUGGGGAGCCCACUAUUAA